CUUUAUGGAGUCUGACUUGUUGUCGGCGAAGAAUGGGAGAGGGAGGCUGGUGAGGUUGAUGGGCUGCGUGAAGAAUUACGAUUGGGGACCACCCGGGAAGGAAUCUCGUGUAGCACGGCUGUAUGCUUGCAAUAGUGGUAACUAUGUUGACCAAGAGAAGCCUUAUGCCGAAUUUUGGAUGGGGACUCACGAUUCUGGGCCUUCCUAUGUUGUGGAAGGAACUGAGAAUGGAUUGGUUAAUGGUAAGGGAGAGACACACAAGUUAACAUUGAAGAAUUGGAUUCAAAACAACCCUAGUGUUCUUGGAGAGAAGGUUGUGAACAAAUGGGGUACUAACCUUCCUUUUCUCUUCAAGGUACUAUCUGUUGCAAAAGCUUUGUCCAUACAGGCCCAUCCAGACAAGGAUUUAGCCUCUCGUCUGCAUAGUGAGCUUCCGGAUGUUUAUAAGGAUGACAAUCACAAACCAGAGAUGGCAUUGGCGUUGACGGAAUUUGAGGCAUUAUGUGGAUUUAUAAGUCUCGAGGAGCUUAAGUUGAUUGUUCAAACUGUGCCCGAGAUUGUCGAAUUGGUCGGUACUGCACGCACAGAGCAGGUAUUGGAAUUGAAUGAGGAUGAUGGGAAGGAAAAAGGUAAAUUAGUGCUACAAUCAGUAUUUACUGAGCUGAUGUCAGCCAACAAGGAUGUGGUUGCUGAAGUGAUAGCUAAGCUUAUUAGUCGCCUACACGUUAAAAAUCAGGCAAGGGAGCUGACAGAGAAAGAACAAGUGGUGCUUAGACUUGAGAAGCAGUAUCCAGCUGAUAUUGGUGUCUUGGCUGCAUUCAUGUUAAAUUAUGUGAAACUCAAUCCUGGUGAAGCCUUAUAUUUAGGAGCAAAUGAACCUCAUGCUUAUUUAUAUGGUGAUUGUAUUGAAUGCAUGGCAACAUCAGACAACGUGGUACGUGCUGGCCUAACUCCAAAGCACAGAGAUGUUAAAACUCUAUGCUCAAUGCUCACUUACAGACAGGGUUUUCCUGAAAUUCUGCUGGGCACUGCAGUAAAUCCUCAUGUUAUGAGGUACAUUCCUCCUUUUGAUGAAUUUGAAGUUGAUCGCUGUAUUCUUCCCGAACAAUCAACUGCUGAAUUUCCUGCUAUUCACGGUCCAUCCAUUUUUAUGGUCGUGGAGGGAGAGGGAACAUUAACCUCAUCAUUAAAGGAGAUUAUCCAUGAAGGUGAUGUCCUUUUUGCACCUGCAAACACCAACAUUACUGUUUCGACAUCUUCUGGUUUGCAAUUAUAUAGAACAGGAAUAAACAGCAGGUUUUUCGAGGAGUGAGUUGUGUACGUAUGCUAGUACAUAAAAUUGUUCAUCAAGUUUCCUUUAUACGAAAGUCGGCUGAUCCAACCUUGUAAUAUUAGCGUGUGCAUGUCCAUGUCCAUGUCCAUGUCCAUGCCAUUUCUGUAAAUCAGGUAUACAAAAUAAAUAUGACUACUGAUAUAGUUGCCUCAUUGUACCAGUCUAGUGAUUCACAAUCUAAAUGGAAUAGG